GACUUGCAGCGGAGGUUAUCAAACCUGUGGUAAAGUUUACACGAUAGUGACGUUUGUUUGUCCUCCUGCGGAGUGGACUUUUUCUUCUCCAAACAUUUCUUCAGAACCCAAAACAGUUCCUGCUCUACUUCUGCUCUGCGGGUUCGCUGUGCCUUACACAUUACAAGUGACAACAGCUGAUCAGCACGUUCUUUUUAAAUUUCUUCAAUAAUCGUUCGGGUGUGAUGAGGUGGGCAGGUGGCCAGCUGCUAGUUCUGCUUUGGGCCUUCACAUCCAGGGCCUCAAGCCUUAAUAUUCCAUUCGAAGUGGAGCAGCCUCCAACUAUAACAAACCAUACAGCAGGUCCCAUCAUUGCCCUUCCUUUUGACAGUACACUUACUAUCAGAUGUGACGCCAAGGGUAACCCACCACCAGAGUACAGAUGGACAAAGGAUGGCCAGGAGUUAAACCUGCCAAACAUCCCUACAAUCAAAACAGACAACAGAAAUGGGACGUUCAUGUUUCACAAGAAGCACUUUACCCAGUUCCGGGGUAAAUACAGAUGCUUUGCUUUCAACAAGCUAGGAACUGCCAUGACGGAGGAGAUCGAAAUCAUAGUUCCCACUCCACCCAAGUUCCCAAAGGAAAUCUUGGAUACUAUUGUCGUUAAGGAGGGAGAGCCAAUUACUUUGCACUGUAACCCCCCAGAAGGUGUGCCCCCACGCCAGAUCUAUUGGAUGACUGUUCUUCUGGAGCACAUAAAGCAGGAUGAGAGGGUCUGCAUGGGAACCAAUGGCAACCUGUACUUCUCCUAUGCCUUACCAAAAGACAGUCGCAAGGACUACGGCUGCUUCGCUGCCUUUACCAGGAUACGCACCAUUGUCCAGAAAACCACCAUGUCUGUUAAAGUGCAGAGAUUGAAAUCUGAGACCAACUCUUCUGAAAGUGAUAGUUCCUCUCUCCCAGUUCAAGCACCUAGCCUACUGCUGCCCUCUGGUGUCCAGACAGUGAAGGUGUUGCUGAAAGGACAGGAUCUUCAGCUUGAGUGUAUACCAGGAGGAUAUCCCACCCCCAGUAUAACAUGGAUGAAAAUGGGAGAAACUCUGACUGAUCGGAUAAUACUGGAUAACUUUAAAAAGCUGUUGACCAUCCCUGCUGUGGACGAAAGGGAUCAGGGGAAAUACAUGUGUACGGCUGAAAACGCAGCCGGAAAGGAUGUCCAUUACUUUGAUGUGAUAGUAGAAGAACCACCGGCAUGGCUUACAGAACCUCCUCAGAGCCAGCUGGCUGUGAUUGGGUCACAAGUUCUCAUUAAGUGUUCGGUGACUGGAAAACCACCACCAGUCAUUACGUGGAGGAGAAAUGGAGAAAUAUUCAGAGAUGACAGAGUGAACAACAGACGUGUGCUCGAUGACACUGUGAUGCUUCACAAGGCCGAACCAGCGGACAGUGGUGUUUACCAGUGCGAGGCCUCCAACCAUCAUGGCAGUGUUCUCGCCAACAUUAACGUCUUAGUCAAGGAUAUGGCACCUCUUAUGCUGACAAAGGACUUCCAAGUGUAUGCAGUGAUAGAAGGAGGGGACAUUGUCAUGAACUGCAGCGUUUUCAGCUCUCCUCCAUCCAGCAUCUCUUGGACCAAAGAGGGGACACUUAUUGAAGGAGAACGGUUUCAUGUUUUUGAGAACGGGCAUUUCUUGAAGAUCAUCGACACAGAAAAAGAAGACAAAGGGACAUAUUCUUGCAUGGCCAAUAACACAAAGGGCACAUCAAGUCUCACAGCUCAGCUGGAAGUGAAAGACCCGACAAAAAUCGUGGCUCCACCUCAGGAUGUGCAUAUUAUCAGUGGGACCUCGGCUCGGUUGAUGUGCCGUGCAGUGUUCGAUAGAAGUCUGCAGGACACCUUUGAGGUGAUCUGGAGGAAGGAUGGGGAGGAGAUCUUUCGGUCUUCUGAGCAAAGCUACAGAUACAUUAUGGAAGGUGACCUGUUGCAGAUCAUGAAUGUGAACCUCGAUGAUCAGGGACUGUACACUUGCAUUGCACAAACAAGUCUUGAUGAGGAUACUGCUACUGCCUUUGUAACUGUGCUGGAUGUCCCUGAUGCUCCUAUGAGUUUAAAGAUUUCUGAUCAGGAAUCAAGGAAUGUUACUCUGUCCUGGAUACCAGGAAGGGAUCACAACAGCUCUGUGACAGAAUUUGUGGUGGAGUAUGAGGAGAGCCACUGGGAGCCCGGCAGGUGGAAGGAGCUGCAGAAAGUUGCCGGUAACCAGGCAACAGCUGAGCUCUUUCUUUACGGAGACCUCAACUAUCAGUUCAGAGUUUAUGCUGUUAAUGCUGUAGGACCUGGACCACCCAGUGAGCCCACAGAGAGACUCAAGACACCCCCUGCUGCACCGGACAGAAACCCGGAAAACAUCAAAAUUCAUGGCCACCUUCCCCAUGAAAUGGACAUCACCUGGGACCCGCUGUUACCUACUGAAUAUAAUGGUCCGGGACUUGAGUAUAAAGUAUCCUACAGAAAACUGGAGGUGGAGGAUCAAUGGCAGGAGCACCUGGUCAUGAGACCCUCCUUCAUCGUGAGGAACACUUCCACCUUUGCACCAUAUGAGAUCAAAAUUCAAACCCGGAAUAGCCUCGGCUGGGGUCCACAACCGAAACCCAUAACUGGUUACUCUGGAGAAGAUGUUCCCACCACAGCACCGCGCAAUGUGGCGGUGGAGGUGAUCAACACCACUGCUCUCAGAGUCAGCUGGAGCCCAGUUCUCCCAGCCACAGUGCGAGGUCAUUUAGGUGGUUACAAUGUUUACUGGGAGAAAAUAAAAAGCUUCCUGAGUCCUGACGAGGUUUUAGAGGAGCGUGACUCUAAGUCUUUCUCUGGAAACAGGACUCAUGCCAUCGUGCUAGGGCUUGAGCCUUUCUCGGAGUACAGACUCACUGUCAGCGUUUUUAACAAGAAGGGAAAAGGACCUAAGAGUGAUCCAGUCACCUUCCAUACUCCAGAGGGUGUUCCAGGGAAAGUGCCCAUACUGAUUGCCUCCAACAUUCAGGAUGACUCUGUUCUGCUUGAGUGGGGCAUACCGUCGGUGACAAAUGGCAUCCUCACUGGAUUUCUUCUUCAGUAUCACCAAUUAAAUGAGACUUCGCUGGAGGUAAUUGAUUCCUUUGAGCUUAACAUCACAUCGCCUGACGCUACUCAGCAGCAGUUUUGGGGAUUAGUUAGGGACAGCCUCUUCCGCUUCGACCUCAGCGCAUGCACUCGAGCAGGAUGUGGACCAACACAGGCCCAGGAGUACAGAACUGGGGUUGUUGCAAGUGUGGGAAGGACAAUGGCCAGAUUUACAACUCAGCGCUGGUUCAUCGGGACGCUGUGUGCUGUGGCAUUACUCACCCUUGUUGCAGUUAUCAUGUGCUUUGUGAUGAGAAACAAAGGUGGCAAAUAUGCAGGUAUGCUGCCACGCCAGCAACAAGACACGCUCUCCAUGGGAAAAGUAAAAGAGAAGGAAGAUCUCUUCCCUGACACGGAGUCACAAGGAAUGAAUGAUGACACCUAUGAAUACAGUGACAACGAUAAAAAGCCACUCAAGGGAACUAUGUUGGGUUCCAGAGAUGACACAGACUGGGACAGCAUCAGCAAAAACAGCUUGGGUGAUUACGCAGAUGAAGAAGGAGAAUUCAAUGAGGAUGGGUCAUUUAUUGGAGAGUAUGCUGAACCUAAGAACAGGGAUUCUAUCAGGGAGCCCAGCGGACCCAGCACUGCCACCGCAUAAAGCCAGGAUUCACUUCAAAUUGCCUUUAUUAGUUCUUGGGACGGUACAUUUAAUUUCUUUUACUACUACUACUUUAGACCUAGUCUGAUUGACCAAACAUGGUUCAAUAAAAUAUACUCGGGUGUUAACAGUUUUAUUCGUGGGAGAGUUUUUGUCCAUGGUGUUUUAUAGAAAGUGUACAUUUCUGUCAUAAACAUCAGUGUGAUGUCACGUGUGAAUCUGUACAUACUGUAAAAGAAUGAACUAUAUUGUAAUAGAGUUGUUUAAUUUUGACAUUAACACUAAAUUGCUUUUAUACCAACCAACCUAUAUCAAACACUUUUUUACAUCUUUAUACUGUCUCGGAAAAAGAAGAGUCAAAAAGGUUUUCCAUAAAGUAAACAAAAAAUUUUGAAGUUUUUCCUUUUUUUUUUUUUUACACAAUUUUAUACAUACAGCACAUGUUCAUGUAUUACCACAAAUACUCACCUGCUUUUUGCUGUUCUUUGUUCUUUUUCCUUUCUGCACAGUUUAAAUUACAUUUUUAAUAAACAAGUAUAACUACGGAAGAUAUGCUAUUUUCUACUGUCAGAAUAGUUUCUUUUUGUACUGAUCUAUCACUUUUUUUAAAUUACAUUUUUAAUAAACAGGACACAGCAAAUGUAAGAAAAAUGUGAACUCAAGAAUAAAAUGAUGUCUGUAAAUCUCCA